AUGCGUCGUAAAGCAAGCGGCGGUGUGAGUACACCGGAAAAAUCGACACCACGUCGUUCCACCCGUGGUCGCGUCCGUCGCUCACCGUCGAAAUCCCCCGAACCGGAACCGGACACCGACGACCGGGAGUAUGGCGCUAGUGCCAGUACGCAGGAUGAAGAGAAAAACAGCAGCUCGGAGGAGGAAACUACUAGUCGCAAAGCAGGUGCGAGAGGUCGCGGUGGUCGCGGUAGAAGUACGUCUUCACGCCGUAAGACAGAAGAAGCGACACCGUCUCGCACUCGGCGUAAUAGCCGCCGUGAAAAAGAAGUGCAAGAAGAAUUGCCUCCCGAGCCAGCGCAAGUAGAAGAAAAUGGAGCAGAAAAUAAAAUGGAACAAGUCGUCGACCAGCCGGAUGCGGUCGACACAGCUACGACCGAAGAGGUGAUGGAACCGAUUCCGGAAGAGACUGUUGAAGAGCUACAAUCUUCUGAGACGGUCGAACCGAAUGUGGUGCAAGACGAACAAGACGGAUGCGAAACAACGGCUUCUGUACGUCACGAUGAGCGAGAGCACGAGGAAAGGAAUGAAAGUCCCCUUGCAAAGGCAGAAGAUUCGGAACCAGAGGCGAAGGCAUCAGAAGCCACCGUAGAAAAGGUAAGUCAUACAAAUGGUGAUGAAGAGGAGAAGGAAGAAGAAGAGACAGAUGAAGGCAAGAACAGGCCAAGAGUAAAUGAACCGGAAGAUGCUCGCGAUGAUAGCAAAACGGUCGUUAACAAUCGUUCUCGAACAAGGCAAGAAAGCGAUUCCAACGAAAGUGGACCAGAAGAAGAAGAGCGAAGGGAUGAAGAUGAGGAUCCGAGAGCGGCAAAAAGAAAUGAAAGGGAUGCGCCGGAACAGGAACGCGUUGCAACUGCAGAAGAAUCGAUGGACGCGGACGCUGCCACGUCUGGCACCGAAGAGGAAGCAAAGGUUACUGAGCCUUGCGGUAAACCACGACACCACGGCGAUCAACAUGCUGCUGAGAUAGAUCGCUCAAAGAAAGAUUCUGUCACGGUACCGGACCCGUCUGAGGGUAAUGUGACGCAUGUUGCUCAUCCUAGCAAAGAGGAACAGAAGGAGGAGGAAGAAUUGGAAGCGGGCGAAAUAAAGGACACCGAUCAGAAUAUGUCGGAAUCGAACGCCAAGGAGGAAAUCACUGUAAACGAAGCACCGCGUAUCCGGCCCCUCCAACGUAAGCGUCGUUGGUUAUCGUCAAAGAAUGCCGAUAGCAAACCAGCCGUCAUUACCAUCUCAACGGAUUCGUUAAAGAAUAUUAUUUCCGACGUGAAACCUGUCCCGUUGUCAGAUGUAAAGCUGGAAUCCUCAUCGGAACCAGAAGGUGCAGACGAAGCAGCAAGUGCCGACGAAAACGAAAAAGAUCGCGUGAGACGCAAGCUACGUGAAUCGAACGACUCGUUCACACAGUUGCAACAGCAACCGUUACCACAACGACAACGCUUAUCUAAGUCGGCGGAGAAAGAAAAUAUUGCUAUCGAAGGUACAGAAGCUGAUACCAAUGGUGAUGCUUCGGUGGUGUUAGCUGGUAAACAGAAGGUAGCUGCAGAAAAGAUUGCUCUAUCCCGCAAGAUCAGUAUCGUAAGCGAUGAUGGAAGUACAACCGGUACAACGGCACCGGUCGUUCGACCGCCAAGUCCCGCAAAGCAUCUUACGAGCAAUAUAUUGUAUAUCACGAACUUGGUGCGACCGUUUACUGUGCUGCAGCUAAAGGGAUUACUUGCAAGGACGGGCAAAAUCGUAGAGAACGGGUUCUGGAUUGAUAAGAUCAAAUCGAAGUGCUAUGUUAAAUACGAAACGGAAGAUGAAGCAACGGAAACACGUCACGCUCUUCACGGCAUCCGUUGGCCGAUUUCGAAUCCGAAGUGUUUGGUAGUGGAUUUCGGUAGUGAAGAAGCGAUGGAUAAAGCUAUCCUUUCGACCCUCGAAGAUGGUGCUCUUCGUGCUACCGUAGAAGGUGCAAAAGAGGGAAAAGAAUUCGGUUGGUCACGUGAUGCAUCCAAGAAAGAGGAGACUGUACGUCGCGUCCGUGAAUGGGAUCUUGGCAAGAAGGAUGCUUUUGAUCAGGAACGGGAAGGAAGGGGAGGACGUGAUCGAGAGCGCGAAGGCGUUGGAUUGGCAGACAAGGACAAGGGAGCAGAACGGACGGGGCGUGAUCGGGAACGUGGACGCGAAAUGGAGGAAGGACAACGUGAUGGACGAGGCAAUCGGGCCGAUGGUGCUCCUGGUGACCGAAGUUUAGAACGAAAGCGUUCUUCAGAACGUGAAUUUGGUCGGGAAAGAAGACGCAGUACUAGUGUGUCACCAGCGAGAAAAUUCAAGAAGAAGGAAAAUGAACCUCCAAUAAGGCUGCUAGACGAUUUGUUCAGAAAAACGAAAACGACACCAUGCAUAUAUUGGUUACCGCUCACGACUGAACAGAUUGCCGUAAAGGAAGAGCAACGACGUAAAAACAUGGCCGAACAUCAGCGCCGUGUCGAGGAACAGCGGAAGCAGGAGGAAGAGCGUGAGCGUGAACGGAAGCGCGAACGGGAACGUCGUGACCGCGAACGUGAGCGAGAGCGCGAACGGGACCGCGAGCGUGAUCGCGAACGUGAUCGCGACCGCGAUCGCCGUCGGUCACGCUCCCGCGAACGCAGCCGUGACGAUGGUGGCCGGCGCAGGCACAGAUAA